AUGGGUCUCUCCAAGCCCUCCACCAAGGGCAAGACCUCCUCAAAAGGCAAAUCCGGCCCAGCGAAAUCCGGCGCCAACAAACCGAAAGCGAAAUCUGCGAAACCGACUGGUAGCGCGCCCGAGGGCAUAUCGAAGCGCAAGCAAAAGUCCAUGUCCUUGGCUAAACCGGGUGGCCAGCAAAAAACCAAGAGUGUUGUUUCCAGGGAUGGCAGGAAGAAGAAGCGCGUGUAUACGGAGAAGGAACUGGAUAUCCCGGCGCUGAACGGCAUUAUACCUGCUGGUAUUGCGAAACCGAAGGGUGUGAAGAAGGGGAAGAAGUUUGUUGAUGAUCCGGCUAGUAUGAUGGCCAUCAUGUCCGUCGUCAACGCCGAGAAGGAAGGCCACCUCGAGUCCAAGAUCGCCAAAGCACGUCAGCUAGAAGAGAUACGCGAGGCCAAGCGGAAAGAAGCCGAGGCGAGGAAAUCAGAUAAGGACCAAGCUUUCGAGGAGAGGAAACAGGAUCUCAAGAAGAAGAGGAAGAGGCAUAGUGAGCCUGGUGCUGGUGGGAAUAAGGAUGAGGGCGACAAGAUCAAGGAGAAGGAUCGCAAGUUCAAGCAGAGGAAGAGGGUUAGCUUUGGUUGA